AUAUAUAUUCGAUAUAAACAAUACCAGCUCAACGUUUGAUUAAUAUGACAUUUCGUUUCAUAAAAAAUUCAGUGUUAUUAAGCUUUUUAUGUUACAUUAAGUUAAAUAAUUCACAUGAGGUUAUAAAAGUUCCUCAUAAAUGUUUUAUGAUAGAUGGAGAUAUAAAACUUCACCAUAAAAAGAUUAACUCUCCAGUUUAUUACAAUCCAGUUGAUACAAUAUGGAAAAUAGAAAAAUGCCACAGUCUAGGAUUUACAUACAAAGAAGUCAAUACAAAGGUUAUGUUUACGUCUUUUGUGUUACCAGUCGAAUUAUAUUAUACUGAAAAAUCAUUACCUAUAAUAUUGUCUGAAUUAAUAUGUGGAGAUCGAUUAUUAAGGAAACGAUUUGCACGAAAUAUAGUAAAUAAUUUAAUAUCAAACGAUGAUAUUAAACAACUUUUUAAAACUGAAAAGAUGUAUAAUGAGUACAUAGCUAAAUAUGUGACAUUAAAUACUACAGCUCAACCAAUUUAUAAUAGUGAAGUAUGUCCUAUUUGUUUCGAUAAAAUAAGUAUAUCUUGUGUUCUUAAUAAUUGCAAACACCAACUCUGUGGUACUUGUACUGAUAAAUUAUUAAUUAAAAAAAGAAAGUCUUGUCCACUUUGUAGAGCAAGUUUUAUCACAUUUUUGGAGAAUGAAGAAAAUAUGAAGAGUUUAUGGGGAGAAUUAGACAUACUUGCCGCUGCAUAUUAUUUAAAUGUUUGUAUUUAUGUUUAUAAUGUUAGAAAGAAGGUUUGGAUUCUAUAUCAUAAUUCAUUUAAUACAGCUAAUAUGAAAAAUGAAAAAUGUAUAUAUUUAUAUUUAACGAAAAAUCGUAUGAAUGUAGUAACUAAUCUUACACCACCUUAAAUUUUGUUAAAAAAUUUUAUUAUUUAAUAUAAAAGAUAUUUGGAAAUGUAUUUUAAAUAUUCAAAUUUCUAAAAGUAGCUCAAUAUAUAUUAAUUUUUAAUAAACUUGUUUUACUUAUG